AGGUGUCGCUGCCUUUGCUGUUUCACAGAAGAACACUGCUGGCUUUGUUAAAGUAGUAGAGGUAUUUGGGCAGCCGAAAUGAUGUCCAGCGGUGGGAAGAGAACUUCAAGUCCAGCUGAGGAGAUGUUCCUAUGGAUUACAUCAGACGGGGAAGGACACCAAGCAGAUAGUUCGUCUGAAUCAGCACUGUCCUCCGAGCUGCAAUGCAUGGAAAGUAGUGGUUCAGUAGUCAAGCGACGUUGCCGUGCGGGCAAAAAGAAGAACUAUACUGACCAGGAAAUGGAGCUCUUGGUGGAUGAGGUUAUUGCUAAUUGGCGAACUUUAUUUUCCAAAAACAGUGAAAAAAUGCCUAUGUCCAUAAGAACAGCCGUUUGGAAUGGUAUACUGGUCAAAGUUAAUUCAUUGGGCAUAGAUAGAAGGACAGUACCUGAGCUUAAAAAAAAAUGGGUAGAUAUCAGGAAUAAAGUCAAAGCAAAAAUGGCUUUAGUAUCUAAGGAAUCUCAACAAACCAGUGGAGGCUCUCGGUCCAAUGUGUAUUUAACAGCCAUGGAACGGAAGGUUGCCUCGACCUACACACGUCAACAAACUCAAGGAAUUGGCAACAUAGAUGUGUGCAAUAUUGUUCAAAAUUCAACAUUGCAACGAUGUGAGAGCGGCUUCAGUGAUGUCAUGCCUGCUGGGAAACGCCCACUUUCUCCUGCUGGAAGAUUGCACUAUGUGAGCAAAAAUAAAGUGCUGGAGCCUGUUUCCCACCCAAUUGCUAAGGAGAUGCCGAAGCCACGUGUUGAACCACUUCAUGUGGUCGAAAACCUGCAUGAGCAGGUGGACGCUACUCAGCAAGAUCUACCCAUCGAAACUGAUGACAUACAGGAAAGCCAAGAUGAGAUCCCGGGUCCAGAUGAUUUAGGGCUCCCCCUGGCACAGUCCUCAUUUCUGACUAGUUAUUUUCAACAAAAUAUGCAAUUUAUGACAAGGGUGGAAAGAAGGCUGGAAGGGAUGGAGCGAAGUUUGGAAAUCAUAGCCAACACUUUAGUGACUGGCUUAGCUCAUCUACAACGUUAUGCCCCUUCUACACCUACUUCAUCACAACAUGUCCAACCUGCAGUAUCCCAGCAAACUAGGGGUCAGGAAUCUGCAUCAUCAACACAAUGUAACCAAUGUGGCAAUGUUACUUUCCCCAUUACUGCUCCCCCCCUUUCUUUAGGCCGAAGUCAAGAAAGCCUUAGUUUUAGUUGCCCAAAUUUGAAGGAGGAAAAUACUAGUGUAAGCUGCAGGAUGACAUCCACUCUAGGCACCCAGCCCCCUACCGUUUACCCAUUGGCUUUGUCCUUAGAUUUAUUUUCAGGGUCAGGAGAUGAAGGAAAUAGUCAAGUAAACAUUUCAGAGCCACGUAAAUCUACAUCCACUGCAGCUGCUUUUCUCCCACAAUGUAAAACAGAGGAUUCCUCUGAAUAUUCCCCAUAAGCCUGAUGAUAAAGCUGCCAGAACGUUUUUCCCAUCAUAAAUGCAUGAAUGCGCCCUUAGUAGGAGUUUAAAACAUUGGUCUUCAUUUACUAAGCUAAAACUGACUAGUUUUAGUUGGGUUAUUCCAAGUUAUUUUGAUGUAUUGUGUCUGCAACAUGCCUGUUCCAGUGUGCACCAGAAAAAUCUGACAAACCCAACAUUGCAUUGUGAAAAGCCAAAAAGGGGGCUUGGUCUGUCACAAAGUAGUAUAUGGUGGACCCAAAAAGGGGUGUGGUUUUAGAAUUACUUACUACUGAAUUCACAGAAAAUCCUGUGAAUAAAUGGCUUGGAAAUUUCUACCUAGAAAAACCUGGUCGAAAAAUGUCCUAACUUGUGAAUCUAUGAAUCCCCAUAGUAAAUAGAGAGGAAUCCUGCAAGUCUAAAACAACAUUUCACUCUAGUAAUAACCCAACACUCUAAGGCUCCUUUCACACUACCACUACAGUCCAUCAGUAGUGGAUCUGUUGGAAGAUAGCGGGAGAAAAAAAUUGUGCUUGGGAAGUCUUUUUCUCCCGCUAUCUCCUGCGGAAUAAUGGAGCGCAAUAACAGACGUUAGAGAAUCCCAUUCAAGUGAAUGUGACCCUCUGUGCCCGUUAUGCCUCCCGUUAGGCUCCGUUACAAUAAUGGACGUUAAUGGCCAAAGAAAAGAAAAAGAGAGAGAGCCUUAACGUCUGUUUGUAACGGUAUUGUGAAAGUAGUAAAUGAGAGUCAUUGUGUCUAGAAGUUGCUGAACUGACAUCCCCAAUAGCUAGGAGGCAUAGGAAAAAUUCUUUGCGCACAAUGUUGGGAUUCCUCUUGUAACAGCUGGGUUUAAGUGUCCCUAUUCUCACUAUUCCACCCAAAAAGCAGAAAGCGAGAGUCUGUCUCCAAUUUGGGUGUGGUUUUACAACUUGGCUCCAUUCACUUCAAUGGAACUGAGCUGCAGCACCAAACCCAACCUGGAUGGAUGCAGACGGGGAGCGGUUUUUGAAAGAAAUUAGCUGUUUUUUCUAUUCCGGAUAACUACUUUAAGUUUAAAAAGGGUGCAACAUUGGAUACACCUUGUCUGAAAAAUCAUUGGUCUUUUUUAAGUCUAAUAUCUUUGUUUUGCAAAACCUUGAGUGUUUAU